CUCUACCAAUUUCCUCAUGGCGCGUGGCUUGAAAACCUCGAGACGGGUCCUUUCAACAGCAUCCUCGCGACCAGACUCGACAUCCCUGCCAUCUACCAAAUUACCCCCCCAAAUCUCGCCAAGCUCAUUCAAUCCUUCCCCGGUGUGACUGGCGCCCUAGGAAUCGCAGAGUUCAAGAAGAAUCACUUCGCAGUUGUCGUUGGGAACUUCAGCCUCGAAACAAAGGAGCCUUCCGCAGGAAGCUACUCCGUCUGGGACGUAUGGUUCUCUGGCGCUCGUUCCGACCGUGUCUCUGCCAAGAAGAUCUCGGAUAUCCCCGAGGCGGGAUUCUUGAAUGGAUUAACCGUGUUGAACAAGCACACCGGCACCCUUCUCAUUGGAGAUAGCUGGAAGGGCACGGUAUAUAGACUGAACCCCGAAACUGGUGACUACGAAGUUAUUCACCAGGACGAGACCAUGAAGCCACCAGCUGGGACCAACUUGGGCUUGAAUGGUAUCCACACUGUAAUGAUCGACGGGGAAACAUUUUUGUACUACACCAACAGCUUGAAGGAGACCCUCAGUCGAGUGAAGAUCGACCCCGUCAACGGACGCGCGAUCGGUCCUUAUACUACUUUGGCAACUGGCGUCUGGGGUGACGACUUUACGUAUGAUACUGCGACCGGGGAUAUCUACGUGACGGGAAAUUUCGAGAACAUUGUCACAAAGCUGAAUCGCGACGGGCUUGUGGAGAAAAUCAUUGGGGCGAAAACCCAGCUCACCGUCGCCGGUGCUACAAGUGCGUUGUUUGGAGAAAACGACAAAAUCCUCUAUGUCGCUACAUCGGGAGCACUGGCAGCUCCUGUCAACGGGACAAUUACAGAGGGUGCGAAGAUUGUCGCUAUCCAAGUU